AUGACGUCCAAGCUCUGUGGGGUCCAGAACCCAGGCUGUGCCAUUAUGACCUUCUACCCAACCCUGGAAGAAUUUGAAGACUUCAACCAAUAUAUCGCUUACAUGGAAUCGCAAGGGGCACACCGCGCUGGCCUGGCCAAGGUAAUUCCCCCCAAAGGAUGGAAAGCCAGACAGACUUAUGAGGGUAUCAGUGACAUCUUAAUAGCUGCCCCUCUCCAGCAGGUAGCCUUUGGGGAGGCAGGUGUGUUUACUCAGUACCACAGAAAGAAAAGAGCCAUGACCGUGAGCCAGUAUCACCACCUAGCACAUACUGUAAAAUAUCAAGCUCCACCACACUUGGAUUUUGAGGACCUGGAGCAAAAAUACUGGAAAACGCGCCUGCGCGGUUCCCCCAUCUACGGCGCCGAUGUCAGUGGCUCCUUGUUCGAUGAGAACACGAGGCAGUGGAACCUGGGCCACCUGGGCACCAUCCAGGACCUGCUGGAGCAGGAGUGCGGAGUGGCCAUCGACGGCGUCAACAGCCCGUACCUGUACUUCGGCAUGUGGAAGACCGCCUUCGCCUGGCACACGGAGGACAUGGACCUUUACAGCCUCAACUUCCUGCACUUCGGGGAGCCCAAGACGUGGUACGCGGUGCCCCCUGCGCACGGCCGGCGCCUGGAACGCCUGGCCAGGGAGCUGUUCCCUGGCCCCGCGCGGGGCUGCGAGGCCUUCCUGAGACACAAGGUGGCGCUCAUCUCGCCCACGGUCCUCAAGGCCCAGGGCAUCCCCUUUGGCCGCGCCACUCAGGAGGCGGGCGAGUUCAUGGUGACGUUUCCCUAUGGCUACCACUCGGGCUUCAACCACGGCUUCAACUGCGCCGAAGCCAUCAACUUCGCCACCCCGCGCUGGGUCGAUUAUGGCAAAGUGGCGUCGCAGUGCAGCUGCGGGGAGGCGCGGGUGGUGUUCUCCAUGGACGCGUUCGUGCGCAUCCUGCAACCCGAGCGCUAUGAGCUGUGGAAACGGGGACAGGAUCGGGUGGCGCUGGAACACACGGAGCACCUGUCCUCGCCUGGCAGCCUGGAGUUGAGUGCCUGGAGGGAGGUCCGCGGGGCUGCGGGGGCUGAACUUGGCCUGGGGCACAGCCCACCCCACACUGCCCGGGGUCGGCUCCGGGUGGCAGGCCGUGGGGUCCGCCGCCGAAACUCUGUGUGUUCGGUGUCUCGGUGCCCCUCGCCUACCUGGGGUUCUUCCUCCGCUGCCCAGUUCCAGGUUGCAGCUCUCUGCAGCUCCCAUGGGCCAGGACCCACCCCGCCGCUGUCACCAGGCUCCUCUGCUCUGGGUCUCCAAUCAACUGGCAGACGUGGUCCUGUUCGACGUCGUCGGUCUCGACCCCAUCGUCGUCCUCGGGUACAGGAGACUUUGGAGCCAACAGUCCAGGCUCCAGCUAAGAGGCUCCUCUCAGUAGGUACAGUGGGCACAGCUGCAGACUUGGAAGCUCAGCUCCUUUUGGCCAAGGAAUCCUUGAUAGACAGCCCUGCCCCUCAGAGCCCUGGGCUCCAGCAUCCUAAGGCUCCGGGAUGCUGCUGUGCUUCUGACCUUCAACCACUGGGGCCUCCAUUGGACCCUCAAAAUUCGAUGCACCCUGGUCCGUGCCUGCUGUCUCUGGACAAUAGUGUGGCCAGUUUCCCUGAAAGCCUCCCACUGAUUCCUUCCAAUGUUUUUGAGACUUUGAGAAUGUUCCCCAGGGAUGCUGCUGGGGACCAUCGGGCCCCUAUGAGCAGUCUUGAGGUUAUAGCGCUGGACCACUCUUAUGCCUCUAAGAUCCUGGUCCCAGGUGCAAAGGCCAGAAGCUGGAGCACCCUUGACUGUGAUCUCCUGAGACUAAAGCCAGAGGCAGCAGCAUUUCUUGAGUCCUGGGAGGAGUUCCUCAUUCAAAGGAUAGUCUGUGAUCUUUGA